AUGCUCUCCCUAAGAAUAACCAGAGUCCUGGCCCAGGUCUUCCAUUGCCAAGCCAGGCAAGUCUCCAGAAAUACCCUGGAAGCAAGCUUUAUUGCCACAAGGAAACUACAUACCUCUAAGGAAAUAUCAUCCUUUUGGUCAACUUCUAACCAUGAAUCAGACUUGGGAAAUGGCAUCUCAGCUGACCUUCAAGAGUUUGGGCAUGUCCUAAAUAUUGGUGAUGGCAUUGCCCAGGUACAUGGGCUAUGGAAUGUUCAAGCAGAAGAAAUGGUAGAAUUUUUUUCAGGCUUAAAAGGUAUGUCCCUCAAUCUGGAACCUGAAAUUGUUGGUACUGUUGUAUUUGGAAAUGACAAACUCAUUAAAAAAGGAGAUACUGUGAAGAGGACAGGAGCCAUCGUAGAUGUUCCAGUUGGUGAGGAGUUGUUGGGUCGUGUUGUAGAUGCUCUGGGCAAUCCCAUCGAUGGAAAGGGUCCAACUGAUGUCAAAACACGUAGAAGAAUUGGUCAGAAAGCUCCUGGAAUCAUUCCCAGAAUCUCUGUGUCUGAACCCAUGCAAACUGGCAUUAAAGCUGUGGACAGUUUGGUACCAAUUGGACGUGGUCAGCGGGAACUGAUUAUUGGUGAUAGACAGACUGGCAAAACAUCAAUUGCCAUUGCUACAAUCAUUAACCAAAAACGCUUUAAUGAAGGAGAUGAUGAAAAGAAGAAGUUAUACUGUAUCUAUGUUGCUAUUGGCCAAAAAAGAUCCACUGUUGCCCAACUGGUAAAGAGACUUACAGAUGCCGAUGCCAUAAAGUACACCAUUGUGGUUUCAGCCACUGCUUCUGAUGCUGCUCCACUUCAAUAUUUGGCCCCUUAUGCUGGCUGCUCAAUGGGAGAAUAUUUCCAGGAUAAUGGCAAACAUGCUCUAAUAAUCUAUGAUGACUUAUCCAAAGAGGCAGUUGCCUACCGUCAGAUGUCUCUGCUGCUCCGUUGGCCCCCUGGCCGUGAAGCUUAUCCUGGUGAUGUUUUCUACCUCCACUCCCGUUUACUAGAGAGAUCAGCCAAAAUGAACGACACUUUUGGUGGUGGCUCCUUAACUGCCUUACCAGUCAUUGAGACACAAGCUGGUGAUGUAUCUGCUUACAUUCCAACAAAUGUCAUCUCUAUCACUGAUGGACAGAUCUUUUUGGAAACAGAAUUAUUCUACAAAGGUAUCCGCCCUGCCAUUAAUGUUGGUCUGUCUGUAUCUCGUGUUGGGUCUGCUGCUCAAACCAAGGCCAUGAAACAGGUGGCAAGUACGAUGAAAUUAGAAUUGGCUCAGUACCACGAAGUGGCUGCUUUUGCCCAAUUUGGUACUGAUCUAGACCCUGCUACUCAACAACUGCUGAAUCGUGGUUUACGUCUAACUGAGUUGCUGAAACAAGGACAAUAUGCUCCCAUGGCCAUUGAAGAACAGGUGGCAGUCAUCUAUGCUGGUGUAAGAGGGUAUCUUGACAAAAUGGAUCCCAGUAAAAUCACCAAGUUUGAGCGUACUUUUUUAGCUCACGUAAUCAGCCAACACCAGGACCUCUUGAGCAGCAUCAAGAGUGAAGGAAUGAUCUCAAAAGAGUCAGAGAAGAAAUUGAAAGGAAUUGUCACAGAUUUCUUGGAUAAAUUUAAAGAUUAA